UGCCUGUCUCCCUGUCCGCGCGGCGGUGGCGAUGAACGGGCUAAGGCGAGCGUUGGGGCUGGGCCUCAAGGGCGGUUGCCGUCGCUGGCCCGUUGGAGGCCCGCGGGCGGCCCCCGGCGGCUUCUCUACCGUCCCGAGCGUGGAGCGGCCAAUGAGGCGCCGGGGGGCAGGGGCUGUCAUAGCAACAACCGCGAAAGACCCGCGUGAGGAACAGGAGGAGUUCGUGUUCCCCGAGUACGCCCCGGAGGAGCCGGACGCCGAGAAGCUGUUGAGGCGGGCAUUCGAGGAAGAAGAGGAGAAGGAGGCGAUCCCGCGGGUGCCCCGGGAACCCGGUCCGCUGCAGGCUCCCGACGACUUCCGUCCGAAGCCGCCCCGGCGGAGGAGGCCCCACAAGGCUCCGGGGACUUCGGACCCCUCGAUACCGUCGAGCGGGGUGAGCUGCUCGGGCUGUGGCGCGGAACUACAAUGCCGGGACCCUGCUUUGGCCGGGUUCCUGCCCAGCACCAAGUACCUGAGCCUGUUAGGGGAGCCGCCCCAACAACAAGGCAAAGAGCAGGGGAAGGCCCAAGCUGGGGAACACCCCGAGAAGACUCUGGAGGAUGCCAUCUGCCAGCGCUGUUGGUUGCUGAUCCACCACCAGCAGGCUUUGCGGGUGCAGGUGACCCACGAGGAGUACCGCAGCGUGGUCAGCGACGCCGUGCGUAGCUCUCUCCGCCAUGGCCGCCCGCCCCUGGUGCUCUGCAUGGCGGAUGUGCUGGACCUGCCCGACUCCCUCCCACCUGAUCUCCCUGAGCUGGUGGGAGACCAAGCCAAUAUCCUGGUGCUGGGCAACAAGGUGGACCUGCUGCCUGGCGAUUCGCCUGGGUACUUGAAGCGCCUCCAGAAGCGCCUGCUGGAGGCCUGCGCCCGUGUCGGCUUGAGCCAGCACCGUGGAGGCCCAAACCAGCGAGUGGUUGAUGUGCACCUCCUCAGCGCCAAGACGGGCUACGGGGUGGAAGAGCUGAUCUCCAAGAUGCAGCGCUCUUGGAAGUUCAACGGGGAUGUGUACCUCGUAGGGGCUACCAACACUGGGAAGUCAACCCUCUUCAAUACGCUGCUCCAGUCAGACUACUGCAAGUCCAGAGCCUCAGAUGUUAUCAGCAGGGCAACCAUUUCUCCUUGGCCAGGAACUACUUUAAACCUGCUGAAAUUCCCAAUUAUAAAUCCUACACCUUACAGAAUAUUCAGAAGAGAAGAAAGACUAACAGCAGAUGCAGCAAAAACUGAGGAAGACCUCACUGAAGAUGAGCAGAAUCAUCUGAAAGCCCUCAAGAAGCAAAGCUACUUGAUUGGAAGAGUUGGAAGAACCUUUAAUCUCUUGCAGAAGUUGAGAAAAAACUACGAGAUCGACUUUGAUGCCGAGGCGCUCUCUUUCGGUUCUGAGGAAGAACCUGUGGUUCCAUCCAAAACCACCAAGAAAGCUGAACUCUCAUACAAUGAAGUGAAAGACGCCCGCUGGUUUCAUGACACACCAGGAAUUAUAAGAGAAGGCUGCGUUUUAAGCCUCCUAAAUGAAAAGGAAGUCAAGCUUGUCUUGCCAACCUACGCCAUCGUUCCAAGGACAUUUAUCUUGAAACCUGGGAUGACCUUGUUCCUGGGUGGAUUGGGGCGCAUUGAUUAUGUACAGGGAGACCGGUCCUCUUGGUUUACCGUUGUGGCCUCUAACCUGUUGCCCAUACACGUCACGCUGGUCGAGAAAGCUGAUGACAUCUAUCAGAAGCACGCGGGCCAUAAGUUGCUGAAGGUCCCCAUAGGAGGCGAAGAGCGAAUGAAAGAUUUUCCGCCGCUUGUUCCUCAAGAUGUAAUGUUGGAAGGAGCCGGUGACGCUGAGGCAGUGGCUGACAUCAAGCUUUCAUCUGCUGGCUGGGUUGCCGUCACAGCUCAUUCUAACACCAAACUACAUCUAAGAUGCUACACUCUGGAAGGGACAGCACUGACCAUACGGAAACCACCUCUGCUGCCGUACAUUGUUCAGAUCAAAGGGAAACGUGUGAGAAAAAGCGCAGUCUAUAAGACUAAACAACCUCCUCCCUUUGUGGAGAAUUUGGACAAGAAUGUUAAAAAAUCGGGGGAAACUGGCAUCUAAACGACCAGCUUGGAGUCCUUUCCGUCUGAUUUCCUUCACUUUGGUGAACGUUACUGGAUGAGGAAGGAUGGUCUCAGAUAAAACUACAGCAAGCUUUGUACACAGAGAAACAAGCCAUGGAUGGCUAUUGACCUGUAGUGGGCAGAAACAUCAUCGAGAAGGCAGGCAGCAUCUGAACAGCCUUAUUGUGGGGGAGGGGAAUAUCUUCUGCUUUCCUUUUUCCAUUAUGCAUUGCAUAGGAACUGACAGAUCUAGCAAAACACAUGCAUUUUCAGUAUUGUGUUUCACAUGGCACUUUGCAAAUGGAGUCCCAUUGCCUUCUGAGAACUCAUUCCUUGCUGCAGAAAUGACUGGACCUGGCUGUUAAAAAAAAGGGUAGAUGGGUGUCCAGGGAACUGUGGGGUGAAAUCCAGAAGUUAAGGAAUGGGGAGGCAAAGCCAAGAUCCAAAAAGGAGUAUGAGAGUGCAGGUGGACCCAAAGGGCUUCUGUUUCACAGCAGGUGAAUCAUUAUCAGCUCUGGCCACUGUGAGAAUGUGAGGCUUAAACUGAGCAUGACAGCAGCUCAGGCGAAAGCACCUUUGCCUAGGACUUUCCAUUUGCAAGUGACUGAGUCCCAUGGGGAAACCAUGCUUGCCUCAGCCAGUGUCACACUGAGUCAGUUCCGAAGGCCGAGCUGUGUUUUACUUUUGAAUUGUGAUUGCCCUCGAAUAAAAAUGGACUUCCAGAAGGAAGUAUUUUGGAAUAUA